UCACGAUUUAACGUGUCAGAAAUGCUUCAUUUGCGCUCAUUUUCUUCAUUUCCGUGUCGGUGGGACGUUCCCCAGCGCCCCGCCGUUGGGUUUCAGUUUUUCCACAGGCAGCUGCUGCGGAGCGGAGCGAUUCAAUUCAUUCCCUAUGAGAACAGCGGUAUGUGAGCGCAGUCCGCUAACGGCGAUGAAAGUGCCCGGAUGUUCACCGCUCUAGGCAACAGCGCUGCGCAAGCAGCCUGCAGUUUCCCCACUUCCUGAAUUCACAGCAACAGGAGCCAACUAAAAACUGACAUCGCAGCGAAUCAUUUUGUCCCUAUAACCACAAGAUAAGCUUCGGGGCUUUUGAACUCCAGCGUCGUCGGCUUGCGUCGAGGAGUGUCUCCGCUGUGCUGCGAUGGUGGAGACUCCAGCGGGCUGUCUGUUUGAAGACAUCCAGUAUGAAGACAUCCAAGUUGAAGCGGCUGUUGGCAGAGGGACAUUUGGAGUUGUGUUCAAGGCCGUAUGGAACGGAAAAGACGUAGCAAUCAAGACCAUCGAGAGCGAGAAUGAAAGGAACGCUUUCCUCGUUGAGCUCCGCCAGCUCUCCCGGGUGAAUCACCCCAACAUUGUUAAGCUGUACGGCUCCUGCGACAACCCAGUCUGUCUGGUCAUGGAGUAUGCAGAAUGUGGCUCUUUGUAUAACCUCCUGCACAGUGCGGACCCACAGCCCCACUACACAGCCUCACACGCCAUGAGCUGGUGUCUGCAGUGUGCCGAGGGAGUUGCCUAUCUGCACGCCAUGAAGCCAAAGGCCUUAAUUCACCGAGACCUCAAACCACCAAAUCUGCUGCUCGUGGCUCGUGGCACGGUGCUGAAGAUAUGUGACUUUGGAACAGCGUGUGAUAUUCAGACCUACAUGACCAACAAUAAAGGCAGCGCAGCCUGGAUGGCACCAGAGGUGUUUGAAGGCAGUAACUACAGUGAAAAGUGUGACGUGUUCAGUUGGGGCAUUAUCCUGUGGGAGGUCAUCACACGCAAGAAACCCUUUGAUGAGAUCGGCGGCUCGGCCUUUUGUAUAAUGUGGGCCGUCCACAGAGGUACGCGGCCGCCUCUGAUCAAGGACCUUCCCCAGCCCAUAGAGACUCUGAUGACCCGCUGCUGGGACAAAGAACCCAGCCAGAGACCGUCCAUGGAGGAGGUGAAGAACACCAUGAGCCAGCUCAUGAAGUACUUCCCAGGUUCUGAUGAACCACUCAAGCUGCCUCACCAGUCUUCAGACAGCAGAAGCGGCUCCUCGUCAGCCACAAGCACAGACUCGUACGCGGACUACACCAUCAACAGUAACAAGAGUGACGACAACUCCGAACACAGAAACUCUGUCGGCAGAGAAGAAACCCUAAAAAGCUUUGAGGCUAAAUUUCCUCUCCAGUUCAAACCCUCGAAGACAGCCACGCUGCGUACUGGGCUGUCCAGAGGGCCCAGUGUCGACAGCCAGCCAGGACGCUCCCAAAGCCCCACGCACUGCACCAGCCCUGUAACCACCACCAGCCAAUCGGAGUUGAGGAUGACGAUUUGUCCCACAGCUACCAAUGGUUUGGACAGCUCCAUUCCCAUGGCCUACCUGAAACUGGAUCACCAGUUACAGCCGCUGACUCCGUGUCCACACUCCAAAGAGUCCAUGGCCGUGUUCGAGCAGCACAUCAGGAUGGCGCAGGAGUACCUCAAAGUCCAGUCCGAGAUCGCUCACCUGGCUCUGAGGAAACAGGAGCUAAUGUCGGAGCUGGAGCAGGACCAGAGGGAGCAGCAGACUUCGUCCCGACUCAUCCAGGAGCACAGCAAGCUGCUGGAGGACAACAGCAGCCUGUCUGCCUACUGCCAGGGCCUGAAGAGCAAACUGAGCCUGAUCAAGAGUCAGAACCAGCACCACAGCUAGGAACAGGAGCGCCACCGCCGCCGCAAACAGUCCACGUCUCCUCUGUUCUCCCUGACGGAUGAGAGGAAGCACUCCAUGCACCCACCGUAAACUAGGAAGGUUAACCUGAAAAGAAAGAAAGAGAACAUAUUUUACUCACCACAAAACAUUGUACCAAGAUUAACUUUAACACAGACGGGGAUAAGUGGGCAGAAAGUUGAUCCUCUUAACGGAAAGCAUGCUCCAUAUCUCCGGUUACGGCUGUUGGAAUGUAAGCGAUAACUUUUUCUUUUUUAAUGACUGCACCAACUAUAUCGCAGACAUUUCCAAUCGGUACCAAAAAUUCCCUGAAGAACACCAACGUAGAAGGCGUCGUCGCUACAGGAAAACAAGUGAAAAUUUCAUUUUAAAAAAUUACACUUUUGACGCAUAACAUUUAGAUUCCCUUUGACUUUGAAUAUAAGAUACGAGUUAUCUUGAGAUAACUGAGCUGUGAGAUUAAGGAGACAUGACAUGAAAUAAUUUAGCAGCCACCACAUCCCGUCUGGUCCUACGUACAUUUGACGAUUGGGGGGAGGCGGACACAAAACUCAACGCUCAUUUUGAACAUUUCACGGACGGUGUUGAUACGGUGGGACCGAGGAGAUUCACGUGGACUCGUACUCUGAAAAUGGACUUUGAUUCAGAAACACAAACAAACUGAAGCCUCAGGC